AUGGCAAGGGAUCAAGACUACGAGGCAGCUGUCGAAAAGGGCACUAAGCUGUUACAAAUGUCGACCAAGAAGACCAAAACAUCCAUUGAAAGCGCAUUCAAGCACUCGAAAGAAUUAGCUCAGCAUGGCUAUCACCUGGAGACCAACCAAACUAGCUUCGAAAUCGAAUGCAUCGCCAAAGCGCUUGGCGACCUGAACAUCGACCACAAGAUGAUAUAUGAUGGAGGAAAGAACGUCAGGACACAUCAUCAACAUGGAGUUUAUACAGCAGAAGCAGAUGAGUACAAGACAAUACGUGGAUACUUCUCUCAAGUCAGCAACCCGAGCGCUGGCGUUCUAAUUGCAGACACCAAUCUUUCACCUUCCCAUGCAGCAGCUUUUGACGAUGCUAAAGACAAGGGAGAUAUUGAUCUACCAUUACUGCGCCACUGGUCAGACGUAGCUUUCCUGCAAUACCUCUCCUCUUUUCACUCUCCACUUAUCCAGCCCAUCUCACUUAACUAUAUCUUCCGCAUUCAGAUUCAGAACUCCGGGACCUUCUUAGUGCUGAAUAAGAUUAUCAAGAUGCAUGGUCGUAGCAUGUACGAACUUUGGCCUGGUAUUACAUUCGAUAUACAAAGUGAAGAGGGAAAGGCUAUCCUCGGAACUCCACAUGGGAGUGGCGUCGCAUGGAUGCUCAUUCAACACAGCAAAGCAUUGAGAGAGAGAAUAAUCAAAAAGGUGACGAUCUUCUAUGCUCCAAAAAAGGAUGAUUUGUUUAGAUGGCCAAGCUUACUAUUUUGGAUCGUGUAG